AUGGAGCUGCUUGUUGUUUUCACACGGCCGCUGGUCAAUGCCUGUAGGAUGUGUCAAAGCAGCGGAGUCACACGAGCGAGAUGGCAAAGAGUAGGACUGCAGAAUAGCGACCGGAUACAGAGACGCUCCAAAGGAUACAUUGCGCCGGAAGGCGAGCAAGCCCGGCCUAUAACGGGAUUCUACGCAGAACUACUGAAGAAGCCACGCUCACAGGUUCAGCCAUUGACUCGCACUGCGCCCGUGCCACAGCCUGCCGAAGAGCCACCCAAGUCGCAGAAGGAACAAACCCUCGAAAAGGCGGCCAUCAUCUUUGGCUCCAAGAAAGCCCUCGCAGAACGAAGACAAGAGAUCGAAAGUGCAUCACGAAACGUUGCAGGGGUGCUCGUUCCACCCAAACCGGAGGAGCCGGACAACUGUUGCAUGUCUGGCUGUGUGAAUUGCGUUUGGGAUAUGUACCGAGACGAAAUGGAAGAGUGGGCGGAGAAGAGCGCUCAGGCGAGGCGGGCAAUGCAAGCACAAAGAGAGCAGGAAAAGGGCAGUGGCACCAUGGUUACCGGACAAGAUACGCCAAGCCAUGUGGCUGUCAGUAUGGACGAUGACGGCGGGGGCAGCGAGACAAACUGGAAUGUAGAUGUGGACCAAGACAAGCUGUUUGAUGAUAUACCGGUUGGAAUAAGGGAAUUCAUGAAGACGGAGAAGAAGCUGAAGCAGAUGCACAAGCAGGAGGCAAUCGAUGCUGCUUGA